GGGCUCUAGUCCUAAGUAGGACUAGCGCAUCUCCAUAUCCAAACCCAUCAAACUUGAUGGUUGUCGGGAAAAGCUUCAAUUUGCUGAUUUCUGGUUACCGCCGACACACGCCUGACUUACGCCUUUCGCCCGCGACUUAUCGUCCCGUUGGUCCAGUGUCUCCAUUCUGCCAAUAUCUAUACGUGAUUCUUUGUACAACAACAUGGCUCUCCGACCGCUUCCAUCCAACAUGUUUCCGCAGAUGCUGCCUCGAAUCCUAGCCCCGUCGAAAUCUCUGUCCUUCACAGUCCGGCUUCCAACCCAACAAUCCACUAUCCUCUCGACUGUUCUCCCUUCUACUGGAAUUGCGCUGAAUAUCCCUGACAUCCUAUCCGACAUCUGGGACUCUGUUCUCCGAGCUGUCCCAAAGAAGAAGACAUCACACAUGAAGAAGCGACACAGGCAAAUGGCCGGUAAAGCUUUGAAGGACGUCAAAAACCUCAACACUUGUCCCGCCUGCGGGCAAAUAAAGCGAUCUCACGUGCUGUGCCAACAUUGCGUUGGAGAGAUAAAAAAGCAAUGGGGACGAAAGGCUCAAUUGGCAUGAAUUAUUGCUUGAGAGUGGCACAUAAUCAGUGAUAGACUUUGCAAACAUGCUAGUAGCUGGAAAGUUUGCGAGUCUGUAUUUGUAUAGAUAUCAUGUUUGUACACUGCAUGGUUUUUCGGCGUUUGGCUUAGCAAUUGGAUUUUUGUACUAUACACAAUGUCAGAAAAGAUAUCAUGACCGUCAAAUGACUCAAAUCACUCAUGUCCUUACCAUAUCGC